AACGUCUUUGCCAGAAGCAACGCGUUAGGAUCCGAUUCUCUUCUCUCAAUUAAUCGUUGAACGGCAUUUUCUGGCCGCGGCACCAGCGAUGGCCUCUCGCUACGAAGUGGAAGUGAAAAUCCUGUCCGCUAAAGAUCUUAAGAACAUCAAUUGGCGUUACGGUGGCCUGAAACCCUACGCCGUCGUUUGGAUUGAUCCGAAGAGUAAAUCGUCGACGAAGGUCGAUGCUGAAGGCGACACGUCGCCGUACUGGGACGAAACGUUAGUCAUUCCAUUCUCAUCGCCGAUUGAAGACUCUACGCUUUACAUCGACGUGGUCCACGUCGUCUCCGGUGACGAAGACACCAAGCCGCUGAUCGGCUCCGCCAAGCUUCACCUCUCUGAGGUCGUCGACGAUGUUGGCCUCGGUGAACGCUCUCAGCGGACUCUCCAAUUGAAACGGCCAUCCGGCAGGCCACAAGGGAAGAUCGAAGUUAAAGUAACGGUUCGAGAACCACGUUACCGACCCUCCGAUUCUUACUACGCGCCGCCGUAUGGGGUCCCACCGCCAGGUACGAACAGGGAUUUUUCUGCUCCGCCACCGCCGCAGCCCUAUGCUGCUCCGUACUCUGCUCCUCAUGAUCCUUACUAUUCGACGGCCCCGCCGUCCGGAUACCCCUAUGGCGGGUAUAAUGCACCGGCGCCGUAUGGCCAAUCGAAUUACGGGCAGCCUUCGUACGGGCAGCCGAGUUACGGGCAGCCAGCGUAUGGCGAUCAGGUUUACGGGCAUCCAGAGGAGAAGAAGAGCAAGUACGGGAUGGGGACCGGAUUGGCUAUCGGUGCCGCGGCCGGAGUCUUAGGUGGAUUGGCCUUGGGAGAAGGCGUGGAAUACUUGGAGGACAAGAUCGCCGAGGACGCGGCGGAGAGGGUGGAGGAUGAUCUUGGGUACGGCGACGAUGAUUUCUAGGAGAGAAAACCGGUCGGUUACGGGUCGGGUCAAAGCAUGUUUGUUUGUUGGAAUUUCGGGUAUGCUUGUUUGGGGCCCAAUGGACUUAUGUGCUUAUGUCUACAACAGGCCACUCUUUGUUGGGCCCAUUUGGGAUGCGUGUUGCUCAUGUAAUAUUGGUCCAGAAUAAUAAUUUUCAAAAUGACAAAAAUAUGUAAUUUUCUAAAACACAGAUAAUUAACUUUACAUGUUUAAUC